UGGCGACUUGCUAGAGAGGUGGCCAGCCCCGUGCUACGCCUGCAGGACCCCAGCAAUCUCCCGCAAUGGCCCACCUCCCGCAGCUGGCAGUUUUCGACCUGGAUUACACUCUCUGGCCUUUCUGGGUUGACACUCAUGUGGAACCCCCAUUUCAUAAGAGCAGGGAUGGGAGUGUGCGGGACAGCAAUGAGAAGAUCGUUAGACUGUACCCAGAAGUGCCCAAUGUGCUGGAACAUCUGCAUGGCCUGGGGGUGACCAUGGCUGCUGCCUCCCGAACCAGUGAAAUUCGAGGGGCCAAUCAGCUCUUGGAGAUUUUUGAUCUCACUCGAUAUUUUGCACACAAGGAAAUCUAUCCAGGCUGCAAAGUCACACACUUUGAGAGAUUGCAGCAGAAGAGUGGAAUCCCUUACUCUGAAAUGAUCUUCUUUGAUGAUGAGAAACGUAACAUUAUAGAUGUCAGCAAACUGGGUGUCACCUGUAUUCAUGUCCAGAGUGAAAUGAGUCUUCAUACUCUGACUAAAGGCCUAGAAACAUUUGCAAAAUCUUGAGAUAAAGAUAAAAUUCAGCCAUGCAGAUGAGAGCCCUGGACACGGACCCAGGAGGAAGAGAACAAGAGGAAUGCAUUGUCAAAUCAUUUGUGAUUUGUAAAAAAAAAUAUUGUGAGAUCUAAUGCAAGACCCUUCCCAUACUGUGAAGUCCUCUUUGUCCUCAUAUAUAUGGGUCAGCAGUACUGCCCAGCACUGCAUCCAGGCUCUGUUUCUUGGAAUGUCAUCACAAGCAUCCCUAAUAAAUAAAACUUCCUGUGGCAUACUUCUGUA